CAAAAUAUUUACUUCGUGCUUCUUCGAUACCUGUGUAGAUCACAAGUGUAGAUUUUAAAACAGGCUAAAAUAAAUCUAAAAUCACUUAAAAUAGUUUAGGAAAUCCAUAUUUUUACUUCAAUAAUUCUGAUAAAAUCAAUAAAAAUCCAAGUUUAGUGCAUCAAUCCAUAAGACGGAAGGGGGCCUCUCUCUCAAUCAAGGUUGGUGGCCAGAAAAUCAAUAAAGGAGCGUCAUCUUCUGGAUGUUGCUAGAAAAUUCUGCCUAAAAAUGCCCCAGGAAAUCAAACGGGAACGCAAAAGUACUCAGUCGACGAUGCAUUCUAAAAGAAGUCACUGGAACGAAGCUCCGCUGUCCCCUUGUCCCAUUCCGGAUAUCAGUGACGACGAGCUAGUGACCAUAUCGGUGCGGGACCUGAACCGAACUCUAAAGUUGAGGGGCCUCACCCGUGAUGAAAUCGUACGCAUGAAGCAGCGUCGUCGGACGCUUAAAAAUCGAGGGUACGCAGCCAGUUGCCGAAUCAAACGGAUCGAGCAGAAGGACGAACUGGAAACGGAGAAAAGUCAGGAAUGGCGCGAUAUGGAAGAUAUGCACGACAACAACAAUCGCUUGCGAGAUGAGGUAGAAACUAUGCGCCACAAAUACGAGGCACUGCGGAAGUUUGCCAUUAGCAAGAAGAUACCAUUGCCCCCGGAGUUGGAUGUGUUGUAAGGCGGAUAUCGAAAAGAAGCGUUCUUAUUCCAUUAUAAUACCUACUGUAAAUUUUUACCUUUUAACCUUCAACCUGGAGAAAUUGCGCCAAAAGCGCAAUUUAUGCUUUUUGUGCUCCAUUAUCUAUAAAAUCUAGAAAUAAUUGGUAAUAUGGAAAUAUUUUAUUUUAAGUUGAAGAUUUUGGCUUUUUUAUCAAAUUAUUAGAGAAUAAAGUAGAUAAUUUUAA